AUGCAACGGCAACAGCGCGGGAAGACCGGGGCCGCUUCCCUCCUGCUACUCUUCGCCCUGCUGGUCACCACCACCCCGCGCGUCGCGCCGCGACCCGUUAGUCUGGUGCAGCAGGAGGCGGAGGCGCCAGCCACCUCAUCAUCGGUACGAAACAAGGGCCCCUCCGCGGCAGCCGCCGCGUCCCGAAAGAAGCCCCCACGCACCACCAAGUCAUCCUUCCCCUCGGCCGCGGCAGCGGGUGGAGAGAACCAAGGCGACGAUGCUGCCGCGUCGUCCGUGCUCCUGUCCUCCGAGAUCGAGGUGCAUGCCCUGGACCCGUCCACGGGGGGCCUGAGGUGGUCCUUCGACACGGGAGAGCCGCUGGUGAAGUCCUACCAGCAGCUGCCCGGGACUCUCGACGAGAAGAAGUGGCUCAUCCCCACCCUGGACGGAUCCAUACUGGUGCACACGACCCAGGGCCUCCGGCGGCCGGGCCUCAAGGCCCGGCUCCUCGUGGAGCAGACGCCGUUCCUCGAUCCGAAGGGGGUAUUCUACACGGGCUCCAAGGUUUCCCGGAUCUUCGGCGUCGACGCGCGCACCGGCGAGGUCCGCCAGGUCCUGUCCGGGGACACGGCGGACAGCCUGGAGAGCAACCGCCGGCUGCUGGCGCGGAGCGGCAGCGACGACGACGUCAUCUGGAUCGGCCGCAACGACUACACGAUCCGCGCGUUCGACGUGCCGACUGGCCAGGAGGAAUGGAACCUCACCAUCGGGGAGUUCGUGUCCCUCGACGACCUGUACCUGACGGCCUCGUCUGGGGCCGGGAACAGCAGGACCCGUGCGGAGGCCGCCAGGUCCGCCGCCGCCGCUUCCACCGCCGCCGCUCUCUCCGAGCCGGUGCCCUCGCUCACCGCCACCGCAGACGGCUCACUUCAAUCGGUGGCGGCGGGUAAGGGAGGCAACGACAACCGUGUCGGAGGGAUUUCUGCUGACCCCCCCGAGUGGGACGUGCCGCUGACGGCCCACGUGGCCAGCGUGUUCCGGGUGUCGCUGGAGGAAGGGUCCGUCCACACGUACCUCCCCAUGCAGCAGAUACCGCUAUCGCAAUCCGCCGGCACCGGAGCGCCGGUCGUCGGCAAUGGGAGCGGAGGCACCGCCGCGGUGGGGAUUCUCGAGAACGACCAGGUGUACGCGGUGGCCCUCGGCGAGCACGGCGGCGGCGGUAGCGACGGUGGAGAGGACGGCGGCGCCGGCUGGGGGCCCGGGGGCCACGGGAGCCGGGGAAUGAAGGGCAGCAGGGCCGGGGAGGGGAAGGUGACCCACGGCGGGAGGACCACCGCGACGCAGCCUCUGUUGCCGCACGGGGGUGACUGGCAGCAGCAGCAGCGCGACGGAGGGGACAGGCCGGAUGCGGAUGGGGGCGGAAGCGGAUCGAGCUCGUUGGUGCAGAGCUGGUCAACGAAGGGCACGCCCCAAAACGCAGCAGUAGUGAGUUGCCCGCCGAAGUGGUGCCAGCCGGGGCACUCAGCCUUUCCGAGUUGCCUGGUGGGUGUGCACACGGUCCAACAAAUUACGGGAGAAGAGCAGGCACGCUUGUCGCUCGGCAUGGGCUCGCAAGCAGGCGGCAGCACUGCUCUCGACGGCGGCGGUGGCGGAGGCGGCGCAGGCAACCACGACCCUAAGGGGGUCAGAACGACGUCCGGGUACAUCGGGCGCCUCCCCCGCCCUUCAUCCCAGGGGGACGGCGUGGGCGACGACCCGAAUUACCUGACCCUGGCGACCGCGUCGCGGGGCCCCCUCGAGUCCCUGCUGGGCUGGCUCUACCGCGGGUGGAGCUUCGUCUCCCUCCUGCUGCUCGCCGUCGUGGUGGCGGUCGUGGUGGAUUCUCGGAGGGCGGCCCAGUACCUGAAGCGCGCCGGGCUCGGGGGCUACCCGCUGUACAGCGGCGGGGCGGGCGGCGGCGGGGUGGGCGGAGAGUACGACCCGACCGCGGACAGCGGCAUCAGCGGCGCGUCGGAAGGGUCCGCUUCUGGUGCUGCGGGGGGGGGUGGCGGCGGCGGCGGCGGCGGCUCGCUCGUGGCUUCUGCUGGCGGGGUGAGGGGCGAGGUACGGGUGGGGUGCCUGACCGUGUCCGACACCGUUCUGGGGUACGGUUCUCACGGGACUGUCGUCUACAGGGGCCUCCUGGAGGGGCGCCCCGUGGCGGUGAAGAGGAUGCUAACCGACUUCCACGCCCGCGCGGAUCGGGAGAUCAGCUUGCUCAUAGAGUCCGACGGGCACCCGAACGUGGUCCGGUACUUCGUCCGGGAAGAGGCUGGCGAGUUCGUCUACCUCGCGUUGCAGCUGUGCCAGCAGAGCCUGCACAACGCCAUGGCGCAGAUACACUCGGCUCUGGCCCAGUCCCGCCGGAAGUUGGAGCACGAGAACGGCCGCUCCGGUGCCCCCCGCGUAGGCCUCGGCCGGGCGCUGACGGCGGACGACGUAGGCGCGCCCCGAGAGCUGAGAGAGGCGCUGCUGCAGGUCAGCCAGGGGGUGGAGCACCUGCACAGCCUGAGGAUCGUUCACAGGGACCUCAAGCCACACAACAUUUUGCUCGCGGCUAAGGAGCGAAAAGGGCCGGGGCUGGGCAGAAGAUCGGUGGGGGCACAGCAGGCGGAAGGCGGGGAGCGCGGGGGGGUGGGGGACGGAGACGGGCCUCAGGUAGCCCCCAAAAAACUGUCCAACAUGCAAGAUUUGGCGAAAUUCGUGCUCAAGAUCUCGGACAUGGGGCUUGGGAAGCAGUUGCUGAACGGGCAGAGCAGUUUUGGCAUGUCCUCGUACGGCCGUGCGCCGGGGGGAAGAGAUCACGGGCAGGGCGGCGGCGGCGGUGACGCCGCCGCCCGCGCCAGAGCCUCGAACGCUCAGGCGUCCUCCUCCGCAGGCGGGCACGUGGGCAGCAUAGGCUGGCAGGCGCCUGAGGUUAUCGCUGACCGCGUCAGCCUGGAGGGGGGUCAGGGCCCGCCGGCGGCCAUGGGGGGGGGAGCAGAAAGCAGCUCCUUGUCCACGUCUAGAUCUGGGUCCGGUGCGAGCGCUUCGUCCUGGGCGAUGGCCGGCGGCCCUAGCUUGUCCUCCUCCCGCCGCACGCAGGCGGUCGACGUGUUUUCCCUCGGGUGCAUCUUCCACCACUGCAUCGUCCCUGGCUCCCACCCUUUCGGGCAGUGGUACGAGCGAGAGGCCAACAUCAUUCAGGACAAGGUUAGCCGCAUCACGGAACUGGAACACGUGCCGGACGCGCACGACCUGGUGUCUCUGAUGACGGCUAGAGAGCCCGACCUGAGGCCGUCGGCGGGGGAGGUCUGCAAGCACCCGUUCUUCUGGAACGAAGAGAAGCGGCUGUCGUUUCUCUUGGAGUUCUCGGACCGGCUAGAGCAGGAGCGGUUCCCUCAGCUGGUGAUGCACUGCGCCAAGGUUACGGGGUCCCUCCUCACCGAGGAGCGCAUUUUCAAGGAGUACCUCGUGCACUUCCGCCGCCCGCAGCCCCCCGCCGCCGCCGCCGUGCCGUCCGGCACGACGCAAUCAGACACGCCCGUGGCGGCGGCACACACUGCCUCUGCUAACGGAUCGGCGAGCAAGCCUUCGGCGGUACCGGAAGGGGCGGUGCCGGCGGGAGGAGGGAGCGGAGCGACGGCGGCCGGGGCGAGUGGAGGAGUACCAGCGUCAGGCGGAGGAGGCGCGUCUGAGGCAACACCAGCGGGCGACGCCAGAGGGAAAGGUGGGUCCGAUCAGCCGGGCGCCGAGGAGGGGCGUCCUCACGCUCCUGCCGAGACGGCGGCGCUGCCCAAUGGCGGCGGAGCGGGUGCUGCUGCUGCUGCUGGCCCGGCGUCGUUCACCUCGCCUGGGAAGAAGUCGGCCAAGACCACCCCUCGCAGCGGCAGGAAGAGCUACACCGCGGGCGGUGCGGAUGGGGGAGGCGGGGGCGGCGGGGCCGGAGUAGCAGCCGCGCGGGUAACCGAGCAGAAUGGUCCCCGGGGGGAGGGGGCGCUGCAGGACGUGCUCGUGUGGAAUGAGUCCGGCAUGGCGAAGAGCAUGGGCUGCAGGGGGGCCCCCCUAACCGGGGUUUUCCAAGCCCCAAAUUCCGGGCUUGUUUUCUCCACCCCCGGGGAAACCACCAAGGGCAUGCUGUGUCCGAUGCGUCGACGUGGCGCCGGCAAGUGCGACUUCGCUCACGGCGGCCUGGAGCUCCGCGUGCGCGCCAACAAGCGCGACCGGUGGGGCCGGCACGUCGGGGGCUCGAACCCGCUGGACGGCGGCGGGGGCGGCGGCGCGAACGUGAACCUCGACGCCUCUGGCGGGGAAGACACGCUGGGAGCCGCCCGGUCCAUCGGGCGUAUCCGGGUCGAGAACGGCGAGAAAGAUGGAGUUGGGGUUAUUGGUGGUGGAGGCGGGGGCGGGGCCGGUGGGGCGAGGCAGGGAAAACGGAACAAGGGCGGCGCAAGCGGCGGCGGCAGCGGGGGAGGGGCUACGGACAGGUCUGGCCCGAGAGAUCGAGAACCCAGGGCGAACGGCGGCGGUGGCGGUGCCGCUGCCUCGAACGGGGGAGGGUUCGUUGGCCCUUCUCGAGAACGCGGCAAGACCCGCAGCCGGUCUCCGCGGGGAGGGCGAGGAGCUAACGGCGAAGCGGCCGGCCGGGAGGCGAGGCCGCCGGCAGUCGUAGCGGCGGAAGGCGAUGCCGCCUGGCCGCCGCUGGCCGCCUCCCAGGCAGAGCGACCCCCCCCGGCAGGGUUGCAGGGCCAGGGCCAGAGACGACAGGAGCAACAACGGCCGGCGAGCGCUGCGGACAGCGGCGGCUCUUCUAGCCGCGAGUCGCGGGUGGACCAGGUGGUGCGGCUGGUCGAUUCUGGUGCUGCGACCGGGGGGGGAGCGUUCGCGCAAGAGGGAGGAGUUGUGGCGGACGGCUCGGGCGGGCGCGGUCUCACUCGACCGGCGGCGGCGGCGGCGGCGGCGGGCGGCGUGGCGGCGGUGACUCGAGGCGAGCGACCGUCGCCCGCGGAGCGAGGCAACGGAAAGGAGGGCCGGAAGAAGGUGGUGGCUCGAGAAGACGGUGUUCGGUGAACCAACAAACCAACCGACCGGCCGGGCGUUGUUUGAUGUGUGGGCUUUUGUUUGGAAGUGUGCUUUUUCACCGGUCUCCUCUUGUCGGCGGUGUUUGAUGAGUCGGUCGGUGGUGGUCGUCGUUGUACCCGGUGUGGCCGGUGUGGCCAGGGCUCUGACGCCAAGGGCAAGGGUGUUGCGAGCCCGGAUGUGUUGUUGGUGACCGUUUCGUGCAACGGGUUGUGUCGAAAGAGUGUGAGUGUGAUGAUCUGCCGGCUUUUUUGUUUCGUGCUGUUUCGUGCUUGCUUGCUUUCCGCCCCCUUCCUGACUGUUGUAUCCCUGUCUCCGUGGGAGGCGCUAGCUUGCAGGUUCUGUGGUUGGUGAUAUUUUCCCCUGUGUAUGUAUAUAUAGUUCCGGCACCCACCACUAAUGAAAGGGGGGAUGCUACUAAGGAUGUGUAGAUAGUGAAAGUGUCUCGAAAUAAGGGAGUCUUGAAAGCGAGUCUCGAUAUCUCCUCCGCCUUCCCGAGCAAAAUGCCGCUUGGCGUAUUUGACCUUCACGAGUAAGGAAGUGUUUCGCGGUGCAGCGCCAGCCAUCACAUCUACGGUUCACCCCCCCCGUAGUGGGCACAUUUUUUUUUUUUUGUAUCCCGCUGUUGAUUCGGUUCGGCGAAGUGUUGAGAAGGUAAUCGGGGGAAGUGAGGUCUUGCCGACCGCUACUCGCACCACGAAGAGACACAAUAAGUAUAAGUAGGGGGGUUUGCGAUACGGUGAAGGUGGGUGUCGGAUCUAUUACAUCGUUGUACACUAGGUGUAUUUCUCCCGUCGGUUUCGUGUUGCAAUGUAUGUCGCGCCUUCGGGUAUUUUUUUGUUCCUCUUUUUGUGUCCGCAGAGUGAGUGCAGACGACCAGUAAAAAAUAGAACAAUGAUGAGGUGAAGAGUUUUUUGGGCGAAAGAACUAACCAAGUGUGCCAACGUGAGUGCGGAUUGUAUGAUUGUGCUGUAGGACAACAAUAUUUUCUCUCCAUUCUUAUCGGCACAUGCGGCGGGAUCAUGGCGUAGACCGGCACGACCAAAUCCGGUACAAAUGCGGUACUACUUGCGGACGACGUGCUUGUCACAAACGGUGUGCCGCCUCACCCUUAACAAGGCGACCUUCAGAGUCUGACCGGGUCAACCCCCGGCCCGUUACUAGCUGGAAAAUACGGGGAACAUCAACAUUUCUUGGGUAUUGCGUCAAUCUUGUUCGAAGGUUCAAAUUGGCAACAAGCACCGUCAGCAGCGGUAGUUGGCCCCCGACACGGCCAAAUGGAGCAGUGCAACACAAAGUGAUGACCUCCUGCUCAAUCAACCUCUAUCUUGAGUGACUCUGACGACCAAGAGCCAUCGUAUAUAUCGGGUAGGGUAUCUCCAAGUGUUGAGCAAAUCACUCCGUGGAGCCGAUUAGACAAAUGCACUACUGCUGCAGUGUGCAACUCUCUAAAGACUAGCACUCACCAACUCCCGUUUUUUCUUUUUAUCACGGUGAGAGCGAGAACCGUUACAGCAGUACAGCAAGAAAGCGGCAACGACGAAAUCACGUAAUCAAACCAAGGCGCCUCACGGCGUACGCAUACCACGAUAAAAAAAUUUAUCCCGGCAUCUCGGGUCAAGAGGGCACAUUCGCCUGAAAGUUUUGCCGUACACAACUCGGCAACAACCCCCUUCCCUCGUGACGAUACACCGCGCCGCAAAGGCAACACUAUCGACACAAACAGGAGCUCUUCGUAUGUACGUGUCGCCCGUUUAGGACAAAGAAAGGAGCCGACGAUCCCUUGAACGGCUUUUUCCAUUUUCCCGGGCAUAGGGGUUUCUGAGGGAUUUGAACAAUCCCAGUUCUGUUUCGUGAUUCUUCGCAGAAAAACUAAAAAAGCGAGUGACCUUUGGAACCCCUUCUAAGAAAACAAAUCCAGUCUUCGCGAACAGAACGAAAAAAUGAAACGGAUAACCACUCCGCACACCCAUGCACACCUCCACAACUCUCUAGCGACAAAUCACAAAUCCCCCCCCCCCACCCCCAAAGAA